AUGCCACUACAACAUGAUCACAAUGCCCUGCAGCUUCCUCGUAGCUAUCCAAACUCACAUCCCACAUUUGUGGUACCACCAGUGGCUCAUCUAGCUACUCCUUGCCCACCAUCUGUACCCCUCCUGAAUGAUGCAGGCCAUGCUCACCUGCCACCUUCACCUCCAGGCUAUGGUGGUGUGGGCCAGUUUGAUGCUCCUCAUGUAUCAUCCCCACCAGAUGAUCAUGAUGGUCGGCCUUGCGAUGAGAAUGAUGUGUUUCUCCCACCAGGCACUCCACCACCUCCACCUGUCAACUACCCUGCUGAUGAUUGGACACCUUUUCAUGAUUGUGUUGAAUUUGAAAUGGCAGAAUUGCUGUAUAUUGACAAUCAGAUGUCUGCCACCAAAAUCAACCGUUUACUGAAUCUCUGGGCAGCAAUGCUUGUGAAGCACAAUGACCAACCUCCUUUUGCUGACCAUCAGGACUUAUAUUGCACUAUCGACAGCUCAGCUCUUGGAGAGGUCAAGUGGGAAAAUUUCCAGGUUCAAUACUCAGGUGAGAAACCUGAUGUCAAUAUCCUAUCAUGGAUGAACAAUUCAUUUGAUGUCUGGUUCCGAGAUCCAUGGGAGGUUGUCUGCAACAUGCUAGCAAAUCCAACCUAUGCUGAUGAGAUCGAUUAUUGA